CCUUAUCUCAGCGAUAUGUCCACGAACAGUUUAUCACCUCCGUUUUCUCCUCGUAUUUCAAUGACAGAUAUUUUCAUUUUAGUUUGCACUUCGUAUUAUCAUGGACACUGUUAUGAUAUCAGUGGUUUGAACGGAGCUUGCUCACCAGGUCAUGUUUAUACUCUUAACUAUUGCGGGGUGUUCCAAAUGUGUUGUUACUAUCAGAGUUCCCAUCACGUCACUUCCGCUCCUCUGACGCAUGCGCCACAUGCGACACCUGCUCCGACAGUGCAUACAGGUUCACACUGUGGUACAACCCUGGUCGGCUCCACAACACAAAUUGUCGGCGGUAGUAUUGCGCAACACGGGGAAUUUCCAUGGCAGGUGUCAUUGAGAUAUUAUGGACAGCACGUCUGUGGUGGAACUUUGGUCGGAGACCAAUGGGUUAUGACGGCGGCCCAUUGUUUUGAAGAACUUGGACAUCAGGCCAGUCAAUGGAGUGUUGCUGUGGGUGUACAGGAUCAGAGGUCCAUUUACUCGAGCAACAUUGUACACGUGUCAGCAAUUUACCCGCACGAGUACUUCAGCCAACAAACCAACUCCAACGACAUAGCUUUGAUGAGACUCAGCAAGAGGGUCGAUAUUUCAGGAAGGUACACAAGAGCGGCCUGUCUCCCUCAGGCAAGCGACUCUUUCCCUGCCGAUAUAUGCACAGUGUCCGGAUGGGGCGCCACCCGUUACGAUCCAAAUGGACGGGCACCAAUUACUAACCAGCUGGAAUAUGUUAAUCUUAGAACAAUUUCAAACAACGAUUGUAAGUACUAUCUAGGAUACAGCAGCGUCCAUACAACAAAUAUCUGCGCAGGCGCAACAUCUACCGGCGGCAAAGACGCUUGUCAGGGAGAUUCCGGCGGUCCUCUGGUGUGUAAACGUCAUGGUGUCUGGGAACUAGCUGGUGUGGUUUCCUGGGGUGAUGGAUGCGGAAAAGCUCGUCGUCCUGGGGUCUACACGAGAGUGACGUCAUAUCUUAACUGGGUCAACAACAAAAUGAGGAGCCACGGAUAAAGAUUUUGCAAUACUGUGUACUUAGAAGAAUAUGAAAAAUAUAAACAAUCAUGCUGAAUUAAAGAACAUUUAUCUCUUUCA